GUCGCCCCGAGCCGCACUCGUCUGUACAUCACCACAGUGAAGAUGGCGGAGGGUGAAUUGAACGUGGAUAGCCUCAUCUCUCGGCUCCUGGAAGUGAGGGGAUGUCGCCCGGGGAAGAUCGUCCAGAUGACGGAGGCCGAGGUGCGGGGCCUCUGCAUCAAAUCCAGGGAGAUCUUCCUCAGUCAGCCCAUCCUGCUGGAGCUGGAGGCACCGCUGAAGAUCUGUGGUGAUAUCCAUGGGCAGUACACAGAUCUGCUGAGGCUGUUUGAGUAUGGGGGUUUCCCUCCAGAGGCGAACUACCUGUUCCUGGGCGACUAUGUGGACCGAGGGAAGCAGUCCCUGGAGACCAUCUGCCUGCUGCUGGCCUACAAGAUCAAAUACCCAGAGAACUUCUUCCUGCUCAGGGGCAACCACGAGUGUGCUUCCAUCAACCGCAUCUACGGCUUCUACGAUGAGUGCAAGCGCCGGUUCAACAUAAAGCUAUGGAAGACCUUCACCGACUGCUUUAACUGCCUCCCCAUCGCUGCUAUUAUCGAUGAGAAGAUCUUCUGCUGCCACGGAGGGCUCUCACCUGAUUUGCAGUCGAUGGAGCAGAUUCGCAGGAUCAUGAGGCCAACAGAUGUACCUGAUACAGGCCUGCUGUGCGACCUGCUGUGGUCGGAUCCAGAUAAGGACGUACAAGGCUGGGGAGAAAAUGACCGCGGCGUCUCCUUCACGUUCGGGGCAGACGUGGUCAGCAAGUUCCUGAACCGCCACGACCUGGAUCUCAUCUGCAGAGCUCACCAGGUUGUGGAGGACGGCUAUGAGUUCUUCGCCAAACGCCAACUGGUCACACUGUUCUCUGCUCCAAACUACUGCGGGGAGUUUGAUAACGCGGGCGGCAUGAUGAGCGUCGAUGAAUCGCUCAUGUGCUCCUUCCAGAUCCUAAAGCCCUCAGAGAAAAAGGCCAAGUACCAGUAUGGUGGUGUAAAUUCUGGUCGUCCCGUCACCCCACCCCGCACCACCCAGGCCCCAAAGAAGAGGUGAACAUGCAGCCGUGGCCUCUUCCUCCCCCUCCCCCUCCUCCUCCCCGUCCCUCCCUGGUCUGCCUUCGCAGCGACCCCUGUAACGCCCCUGUAUAGCGGCGAUACACGGCUUAUCUUAUUGCCCAAAAUUUUCUCCUCCCCACUCCUCCGCCCCCUCCCCGACUCCACUGACAGCUCUUUUCUUAAUGUGUACGUGUACAUAAAUUUGCUGUGACCAAUCGGUUUUAUUUUUUUGCCUGUUUGUUGGUAUUUUUGAUAUUAUUAACAAAUAACCCUUCUGGUGGCUUGACUUCCAAUGCUAUUCCAGUUUUGCCGCGGUUCUGUGUUACGUGAGGAAAUGCCUUCUCUGUGUAGAAGGACGAUGUGACCAAGUUACGAGAAAAUCCUGUUGGAGUUCUUCAAGACUGAUCUUUAAUUUUGCCUUGACCUCUCAGAAAGCAGAGGAUUGUUUCUCUGGGUUGGAAUAGCAGUUUCUCUCUGAUGCUAAAUCCAUAGAAGAAGAAAGAAAAAAAACUUCUCCUAUAAUCCAGUUUAACCUUUAACAGCAUGUGCAGUGCACUUUGUGGUUGUCGUGCACAAGCACGUUUCAUAUAUUUAACCGACGAGAGAGAGCGCACAUCCCCGUGAUUAGCCAAGAAUGUGAAAGACCGGCCCGAAUGAGACGUAGAGGUUAACAAAAACGCUGCUGGCCGCCGACACACUCGACCCCGACACAACGCCCCGCGGGCAUCGAUCACUCCGCUCCAACAUUCCUCCCUGCGCCUCGGCUCCACGCCCACACAGAAACACACAACUGUGUCCACAUUCCCCUCGGCCUCCAGUUCUGCUCAUCAAUAUAAUUUCCCCCGAACAAAUCGCUUCUCGGCGAGAGAACGAAAAGAGAGGGUUCAUUUCAGAAAAGUGUGGACAGUUAUGAGCUUUGAAUGCAGACCAUAAAUAACAGCUCCAUUUUUAUAGAUUUGUUUUUCGCUUUGUAAGAGGUAGAAGGCAAAAAGAAAAACUACUGAUUGCAAGUGUCUAUCUUGUCAAAGUGUGUCAUUUCUUAGGUGGGAAAAAAAAUGACAAAACUUCACAAAGUGCUUCACAGUAUUUGAAUUGUGCAGUGUGUGUAUGAGGCGCUGAAAACAACCCUAAAGAAAGCUUGCUUGUGUGGUAAAACGCCAGCCAUCCUUCCUUCUGCUCACCCAGUCCGUGGAGGUACAGGGAAACCAAGCUGAUGGCUGCAGGUGCAAACACUUUUAGCUUGGCUGUGUGAGUGUGUCGCCACCCAGUGUUCUAAUACAGUAUUACAGUGCGUAGUGGCUCCAAGUGAUGGAGUUUCCAUUUACUGUUUGCUACGAGGCGGUACUACAGUGUCACUGACCAGCGGUUCACCUGCUUAGAGGUCUGAUCUCCGCAAGAUGCAGUUUGAAUUUAGUUGUAACCGUUGCCUCUUUUCUUUCUCGUUUUGUUUUGCUCUUUGUUGUUGUUUUUUUUGUUGUAUUUUUAUGUUCUCUAUUUACAUUGUUUACUUUAAUUCACUUAAUUUAUUUACCGAUAACAAGACAACAAUAAAGUGUUACCAAAAGC